UUUUUUUUUAUUAAAGCAACUAUAGUUCAUUUUUUAACUUCCUAUUGAUUAAUUAUCUUAAUAUGGAAUCAUUCUUGAAAACUGGAAAACUUAACCAAGAUUUACAGACUUCUAAUUUAUUAGAAAAACCCAAACAUGGAUCUAAAGUUCUUGAUAGCACUACACCUUGGGUUGAGAAAUAUCGUCCCCGUACAGUGGAUGAAGUAUCUGAACAAUCUGAAAUUGUAGCUGUCUUAAAGCAAUGUUUAGAAGAAGGAGCUGAUAUGCCUCAUCUGUUAUUUUACGGGCCACCUGGUACUGGUAAAACUAGUACCAUUAUAGCUGCUGCUCGUCAAUUAUUUGGAGAUAUGUAUAAAGAACGUAUGUUAGAAUUGAAUGCUUCUGAUGAUAGAGGAAUUCAAGUAAUUCGUGAUAAAGUUAAAACUUUUGCCCAACUAACUGCAUCUGACAAAAGACCAGAUGGUAAACCAUGUCCACCUUUUAAAAUAAUUGUAUUAGAUGAAGCAGAUUCUAUGACUGCACCAGCUCAGGCAGCUCUAAGGCGUACUAUUGAAAGAGAAACAAAAACUACUAGAUUUUGCUUGAUUUGCAAUUAUGUUAGCUGCAUAAUAGAUCCAUUAACAUCUCGUUGUUCAAAAUUUAGAUUUAAGCCAUUGUCACAUGACAUUAUGCUUACACGUCUUGAACACAUUUGCAGGAAAGAAGGUGUACGUUGUGCUCCUCAGGUAUUAGCAAGACUUGUUGAUGCUUCUGGAGGAGAUAUGCGUAGAGCAAUUACAUCUCUUCAGAGUACUGCAAGGUUAAAAGGAGAUGAAGGUAUAGAGGAAGUUGAUGUACUAGAAGUUGUUGGUACAAUCCCAGAUAUAUGGUUAGAACGAAUGAUAGAAAUAGGUCGUACAUAUGAUUACCAAAAAAUGGAUGAUUUUGUUGAAGAAUUAAUUUUUGAAGCUUAUUCAGCAGCUCAAGUUUUAGAGCAACUGCAUGACAAAAUAAUAUUUUCUCCAAAUGUAACUGAUCAACAAAAAGCAUCUAUUUGCAGAACAAUAAGUAUUUGUGCUUAUAGAUUACAAGAAGGAUGUAGUGAGUAUGUUACACUCCUGCAUUUAUUAUGCUCUAUAGCUCAAGCCUUGAAAUAAUAAUUUUUAUUUUAAAAUUGCUAUUAUAUUAAUAAUUAUUUUUUUGAUUAUAUGUUUAGUAUUUUCAAUAUUUUACUUUUUUAUAUAUAAUUAAAUAAUUACUGAAAUAAAUACUUUUUUUUUGUGUUCAA